AUGCGUGUCCAAAUCCUCUCGCUCAUCGCCGUGGCUUCGGCUGUCACUGCCCAAUCUCCGGCCGCUGUCCCCGCUCCCGUAGUCGGCGGUAACCCCAAGGGCGCCUCUUAUGUUGCUACUCUGCCCGAGCAGGAGAAGUACACUGUCCGUGGCUCCGUCGCUGCUGUGUCCGCCGAGGAUGGCAACGGUGUCAAGUUCACCGUCUCCAUCUCUGGUCUUCCUGCCGAAGGCGGUCCUUUCAUGUACCACCUCCACGAGAAGCCUGUGCCCUCCGACGGCAACUGCACUGGCACUGGUGCUCAUCUCGACCCCUACAAGCGCGGCGAGCAGCCCAUCUGCGACGCCAGCAAGCCCGAGACCUGCCAGACAGGUGACUUGAGCGGCAAGUUCGGCAACAUGACUGCACAGGAAUGGUCGCAGGAAUAUGUCGAUCUCUACUCAGCUACCCGACCUGACAUCAACUCGUACUUCGGCAACCUGUCGGUCGUUGUUCAUCUGUCCAACAAGACUCGCAUUGCCUGCGCCAACUUCACCCAGCUUUCGCCUGGCGAGGAGUCCUCCUACCCUGUUUCCAGCAUUAUCCUGAGCACUACUGUAUCGUCUGGCUAUGCUCAGCCCACCGAUAGUGGUCACUACAACAGCAGUGUCCCAAACACACCCACAGGCAUCUCAGCACCUACUACCGGCGUCCCGAUCGCACCCAGCUCAAGCCCUUCGUCCUCACCCGAGUUCACUGGCGCAGCUUCCAAGCUCCCCAGCACUGCCGCUGGUGCCAUGAUUGUCCUUGUGGCUGCUCUGUUGCUCUGA